UCUAGCUGGCUUUGUGUCUUCACUCUGUGCCAUCCGUCUCACCAUGGACGCCCUGCUGAGCGGGGCCAGUGAAGGGGCCAGUGCCCUGCAGACUUCAUCACGUCACAGAUGUCCCUUGCUGUCUUUAUCCCUGUAUGAAUGACUGUUUUGGAAAAAAUAAAGCCCCAAAAUUCCUCUAAGAUUGAACAAAAGGAGCCAUGCAUCCACUGCUGUCCCUCAGUGUCUUCGGACUGCUGCUGCUGCCCGUGGCCUUGAUGCUUGUGGAGGACUCACCGUUGGAAAGUGUCCCACACAGAUCUGUGUCCUAUCAAAGCAACAAUACCCUUCUGUUUCGGGAGGAGGGCGUGUUUGACUACUCCUCCAUGUUGUUAAGAGAAGACCUGGACUUGCUGGUGGUGGGUGCCAGGGGGGAAGUCUUCGCUCUCAACCUCACUGACGUCACCAAAAAAAUAUCCUCAGCUAAAUGGGAAGUUUCGAAGCAGCAGGUGUCGGAGUGUAAAAGAAAAGGAAAGAAUGAAGAGACAGACUGCAAGAACUAUAUCAGAGUACUCCAUAAGAGGGAGGAUGGUAGGAUGUACGUGUGCGGAACCAAUGCUUUCGAUCCAGAAUGUGACUACAUGUCUUUUUCAGAUGGAAAAUUGAAUCUUGAAAAAAAAGUAGAGGAUGGAAAAGGAAAGUGUCCCUUCGAUCCGUUUCAAAGACAUGCCUCCAUUAUGAUAGAGAAUGACCUCUACUCAGCCACUUCCAUGAACUUCCUGGGCUCUGAACCUGUCCUGAUGCGCAGCGCUCCUUCCUCCAUACGCACUGAGAUAAAAAGCUCCUGGCUUUAUGAUCCUAACUUUGUUUCCAUGGCCUGGAUGCCCGAAAGUGAGCAGAGCGAGGACGGGGACGAUGAUAAGGUCUACCUCUUCUUCAGCGAGACGGCUGUGGAGUAUGACUGCUACAGAAAACUGGUGGUGUCCCGCGUGGCUCGUGUGUGCAAGGGGGAUCUCGGCGGUGAGAGGACGUUGCAGAAGAGAUGGACAUCCUUCCUGAAAGCCCGAUUGGAUUGUCCAAUCCCAGGCUACCGUUUGCCUUUCAUCAUCCAGGACUCGUACCGCUGGUGUGACUCCUCUCGCCACUGGAAGGACUGCAUUUUUUAUGCCGUCUUCACCCCUCAGUCGGAAAUAUCGGAUAUUUCCGCAGUGUGCGCGUACCGUAUGUCUGACAUCAGCAAAGUGUUUUCAGAGGGGAAGUACAAAACCCCGGCCUCCGUAGAAACCUCUUUUAUAAAGUGGGUGAUAUUCAGCGGAGAAGUCCCAGUGCCGCGGCCUGGAGCUUGCAUAAACAACGAAGCUCGUAAAAUGGGGAUAAAUCAGACCCUGCAACUCCCUGACAGGACCCUUCAGUUUAUUCGAGACAAGCCCCUCAUGGACCAGGCUAUUGAGCCAAUAGAAGGCGUCCCCGUGCUAAGUCGAAGGGGAGCGAAAUUCACACAGAUCAUAGUGAACCAAGUCCAAGCUUUGGAUGGUGAAAAGUACAACGUCAUGUUUAUAGGCACAGACCAAGGAACACUACUGAAGGCUUUCAGAUACAGUGACGGGGAGAUGAUCAUCAUAGAAGAAGUCCAACUCUUCUCCUCUCCUCAGCCAGUCAAGAUCCUCCAGUUUUCUAACAAAACAGGUCAAAUUUACGCCGGAUCAGACGUGGGCGUUGUUCAAAUCUCACCGGCUAACUGUGAGAGGUCCUCAACGUGCAAAGACUGUGUUUCAGCCAGAGAUCCAUACUGUGGAUGGGACAGUAAUAAGGGAAAAUGUGUUUCUCUUUCCGGUAGCCAGAGCAUAUUAAUCCAAAAUAUGAAUGGAAAUUCCUCUAAUUGCAAGGAUGGUGAGUUACCUGCUGAGCCCUCCCCGCGCUCCAUCUCGCUUGGAGAGAAAGUUGAGCUCAACUGUCCUUCCCUUUCCAACCUGGCAAAGCUCCUUUGGAUGAAGGAUGACCAUGAACUCCAAUAUUCUCCUCAGAAUGGACCGCUCAUCCUGAACGGCUUAGCUAAUGAUGCAGGGCUUUAUCGCUGCUUCUCUGUGGAGAAAAAUAAAACUGGUGAGCAUAGAACCCUUGUAGCUUCUUACCAGGUCAGCAUAGACUCCAAAAGGUCGGACAAGACUGGAGUGACAUCAGUUCCUCAGCCUCAGAGCAGUAGUGCAUCUCAUACCGGACUGAUCUGUGUGAUCAUCCUCCUGGCUUGUUGUAUUCUUCUCCUUUUGACAUGGAUGUCUUGUAAGUCCCGCCUGCGUCUGCUUUGGGACGGCAUGAAAGGGAAAAAAGAUGAACAGGAACAGACUCCCGACCAGGAGGCCAAGCAGCCCAGUGAGCCCUUGGUGGCGAAAACCCUGAACAACCACAACAGUGCUGGAGGUGAUUCAGCCGAGACCGACGCACAAAGGGUUCACCUUUCGUCUAUGCAGUUCAUCGAUGAUGAGUCAUCUGUUUGAAAAGGACUGGGAAAAGUAAAUGGAUAUAUUUAGCUUUAGAUUCGUCUCUGUGAAUAACUCAGUGGAAAAGAACCUGGUUUUCUUUAAAAGGGAUUAGAACAAAGAUGGCGCAUUUCUUCAAGAUUUUUAGCAAGAUCUUUAAUUUUUGUAUUGGCUUCAUUGUUUAAAAGAAAGAAGAGUAUCCUGGAAAAAAAACAACCUAAAAAAUCUUGUAGAAAAUACAUUUCCAUCAUUUAAACCCUGUAAUUAUUAAAAUACCUGUAGUUUUUUAAGUAAAGGAUUAUUUUUCUUUACUUAUUCUCUUUGACAUUUGUGCGAUUCUCAGGUUGAGUAUUUCUAGGAUGAAGGAUUACAGGGACCAAGGUUUAACUUUUACUUGGUUUUUGUCCGUUGUAGAUUUUGGGGGUGUCUUUAAAAAUCACAAAUGGCCUUUUGUUAAGAUAACUUCAGGUUUGUUGUUUUAUGUUAUUGUGAGAAUAAAUCCCUUUCUACCUUUUUACUAAUGUAGAUAUCCUGGUUUAAAAAAAAAAAAAAAGCCAAUCAUUUCAUUCAAACACCAUCACACUUCCAGAUUAA